AUGUCGCUGACCCCGCCGCAACGGGUGAUGAGCCAUCUGAUCAAUUCGGCAGUCGGAGUCACUGCUUCAUCUUCGAGAUCCAAGUUCCAGCGGGCGUUCUGCCGAUCGGUGUACGGAGAGCCGGAUACUCUGCUGUUUCAAUGCGUGCGAUGGUUCUUCAAGAACGGAGACUUCACCGAAUUUGAGGAAGACGUAAAGCAACUUGUCACAGGACGUAAGUCGAUUUCGUUUUUUGUUCUUGGGCCUAUUUCCUUACUUCCAGAGCCUCUCGCAACAUUUGUGGACACUCAUCUCUCCUUGUGCCCGGAGAUCAUCAAGAUUAUCAUCGAAAACGCAAUCAACAAAUCGAAAAGAGUGAAAAUGCUGAUCAAGAAAGACGAAUUCGCAGUGUGCAUUGGUCACGGACGGCUGAUCACCAUCCCAUUCACGCAAGAUAUGGAGGAGCCGGCCGCUGCCCUUGCCGAGUACACCAAAAUGUUUUUCUCAGUUUCCGCAAACAACAUUCAGUAUUCCUUCGAAGGCAAUAAUUUAUAUAAUCACAGGGGCUCAAUUUUCACAUUUUCAGGUUGUUACGGGAUCAGAAGAAACAUGGAUAUCACUCCGGCGCAUAUCAAACUGUUCAGCAAGAUCGGUCCGGACCAUUUUGCGGAAAAAGGAAUGCCAAUUCAAAAAAGGGAACGAAAUGGGCGGCUUUCGAUUCGAAUGUGCCGAAUCAACUGGCGACAGUGCGGAAUCUACUUCAAUGCAGUCAUUGAUUUCUUCGAGUCCUACAGAGGGACUGUGAUUGUGCAAGGAGAGCACCCGGCGUGCAAGACCAAACGGACUUACAAGGAUGUUCUGGAGCACACACUGGCUAACCCGGACAACCCGCUGAUCGACGAAAAUCCAAAGCUGAUCCCUCAGAUUCCUCUGGUGAACAAACGUAAACGCCCUCUGGUGGUCCGAUUGUAA